UCACAUCAGUUUGGCCAGGUGAUAACUCAUAAAAUCCCAUUAUUGUAUUUUUAUGCACCCCUUCCCCAGAUGGUAUUCCGUAAGUAGCGGAGAAUCGGUUGCCCAGUGGAGUUUCUACUGCAAACCUCCUGACUACUUUGAUCCUCCUCCCGCUAUCUUACCAGAAUGCGCCCUUACUUCCGAAGAAAUAAAUUAUGAGGGCACUCAAGACGUGAGCGGUGAAGGCUUGCCGUGCUUACCGUGGUCUGCCAAACACAUGCUCCCGGUGGAUGUAGCCGACAUGUUUUCGGAAAACUCCACAGCUCUUGACAACGUAAAUUACUGCAGAGAUCCGAAAAAGACUGGCAAAGGCACAUACUGUUACACGAAGAAUGUGAAAGCGAAAAUUCACGUGCAAAAAUCGUUCUGUAAAAUUCGUCGGUGCAAGUCGGAGCUUUGUAAAAUAGCAGGCACUGGGAACGAUUUUACGGGGAUCAUAACUAAGACACGAUCGAACAGAACUUGCGACGUUUGGAAGCUGUCGAUUUGGAAAAACACGAACCGGAGGCAGUGGCCUGACACUCUGUUUCCCGAUGUCAAAUCGACGAACGCAAAAGACUUUUGCCGAAAUCCUUCAAGGAAUAUUGCAGGAGCGUGGUGUUACACCACUGAUCCAGCUAUUACCAUGGAUGCAUGUAACGUGCAAGAUUGUGAUAAACCAGAACAAUGCACCGUUAUCACUGAGACAAAGGACGCAGGUCACAAAGUUUUCAUUCUUCCAAAAUGGAAAGAACACGGAGCACGCGGUGGUCUUAAAUUUGCUGCGAAACAAUGGAACGCGGAUAAUUUUGAUGGUUUAAACCUUUACAUUACGCCUUGGUUUGGACCAAAAGUAAUCCAACUACAAAUCGGUGCCGACCGAAACGAGAAAAUCAUCAUGUGGGUCAACGGUAAACAAGUGAUUAAGAAGACAUCACCGAAAAUUAUAACGGCCGGCACCUGGUCUGAAAUGUGGCUCCAAAUGAGAGACGCCGAGCUACAGUUAGGUUUUAAGGGUGUAACGAAACCGUUUUUUGAAUGGUUCGGCAGCGAAGACGAACGUUUCACUCCCAGCUACAUAUCAUUCUCGUCUAUUAAAGGUCGACCCAUUGGUUAUGCCUUCGAAUGCCAUGAAUGUCUGACGGAGCAUACAAGUGUGAAUAAUUUUAAUAAGACAUAUUCAUUCGGCAUGUGGCGUGAAGAAAACAAAGAUAUUUAUAACAACAUCAAGUUUAAUAUACGCGGUACGGGGAAUGCUAGGAUUCUUCUUACUAAUUUGCCGGGUUCUGGCAAUCAAUUAAUUAUUGAGUUCUUCCCCAAAAAGGAUGAGGUUAUUUUAAAUCCGAUCUAUAAUAGGGCCAAAGUUAAGCCCGUAAUAAGAAGAGUGAAGUUUUCCUACAGUGAUACCCAAUGGACCACCUAUCAUCUAUCUUUUACUGAAUACUAUCUGGAUAUGUUCAUUAACGAUACGAGGUUAUUCACGUUUGAAAGCGAGGCUCCUCUGAUCUUCUACUGGUUUUCCGUCGCCGUUAAAGGUGGCUUUAUUAAUUGGAGCGUUAAUUGUGAACCGUUAGACCUGGACGGUGAUCCCCGCGACGGCGGUUGGUCCGAAUGGAGCAACUGGGUGUGCCCCGUAACAUGCGGAGGUGGCAACGGGUACAGAUACAGAACUUGCGACAACCCCAAGCCCAACAUUUAUGGCAAUCUAUGCGACGGACCUGCCACAGCCACCGGACGGUAAAUCUAUCAUUACCGUCACGCAAAACAAACGUAAUAAAAUAAUUUUUGUUUGCAGUUGCAACGAGUUCAAAUGCGGGGACAUAAGUCCUUCUACUGAAACUUUCAUCCGAAAUAAUUUGAAGCAGGAGCGUUUCUCUUUCGUAAGAAAAGAGGGCGAAACGG